UACAAAAUACAGACAUCAUAUCUAAAACGUAAACCAGACUCUGAAACACUAGCAGGAAUUAACCAAUAUGGAACAUGAGAUCACGUGCAGGAUUACUGCAGCUGCAGGUUAAGGGAAGCGUGCAUCUAAUAGUUGGUCCGCUGCAGUCCCACAAUUCUUGUGUUUAUCCACAGAAGCAAACAUGGCGGAUGAUGCAAAUAGUAAUUCACAACCUCCUGGGUUUUACGAACGAAUAAAGUCGUUUCUGUCUUGGUCUUGGACAUAUCUUUGGGUUAUUUGGUUUUUGAUGGUUUUGUUUCUUGUUUUCUUUCUACGAACUCCAUUAAAACUUCAUGAAAACCUUGCUGCAGUGACUGCAUUUCUGAACACUUUGACACCAAAGUUUUAUGUGGCUCUUACUGGAACAUCAUCUCUUAUAUCGGGGCUUAUAUUGAUAUUUGAGUGGUGGUACUUCAGGAAGUAUGGCACAUCUUUCAUUGAACAAGUCUCAGUAAGUCAUCUGAGGCCACUCCUUGGAGGUGUUGAAAACCUGUCUCCUGCAGCAGCUUUCCCCUCUAGCAGUGGAGAAACAGAGUCCAGUAGGCAAAACCUGUCAGAAUGCACAGUAUGGAGAAACCCUUUGAAUCUCUUCAGGGGAGCAGAAUACAACAGGUACAUGUGGGUAACUGGGAGAGAAGCACUGACAUACUAUGAUAUGAAUCUGUCUGCUCAGGAUCACCAGACAUUUUUUACUUGUGAUUCAGAUGCCAUGCGACCUGGAGAUGGAGCAAUGCAGAAGGCAUGGCGGGAGAGAAAUCCUGAAGCCCGAAUAAAGGCAGCACAUCAAGCCCUGCAGCAGAAUUACGAGUGUGCUAUGGCAUACGUUCUUUUGGCUGAGGAGGAAGCCUCCACUAUAACAGAUGCGGAGAAAUUAUUUAAGCAAGCACUGAAGGCAGGGGAAAUUGCCUACCGACGGAGUCAGCAGUGCCAACAUCAAGGCACACAACAAGAACUCCAGCACAGAAGGGAUACAAAUGUAUUGGUUUACGUUAAACGAAGAUUGGCAAUGUGUGCAAGAAAGCUAGGAAGAGUAAAAGAGGCAGUUAAAAUAAUGAGAGAUUGGUUUGUAGUUGACAUUGAUGUAAAUGUUGGUACCCUGUAUCAACAGUUAAAGAAUGAGGAAAACUGUGUUUUGUUUAUGGUCUUUGAAACCGCUUUGGGAUUUAUUGAUAAGGUUUGUUGA